UGGAAUCCUUGUUCUAUGGACACAUUUGUGUUUAAAAGAUAUUCGAUUAAAAAAAAAAGAUUUUAAAUUAAAAAAGUGAUUAUCAUCCAAGUAAGCAUGAAAAGAUUAGGAUUCAUAAUAGCAGAUUUAAAAUAGCCAUUUUUUUUUUUUUUUUCAUUAGAUACACCUUGAAGAGAAGACUGAUAUCAAAGACCAUUGCAUGACCUUCUCCCUGAAUGACAAAGAUCUUCAUUUUAGAAAUGAAUGCUGUGAUCACCAACAUUUAAGUGGCUGUCCUAAAUGUUUGCAGCUGUCAGAUUUGCUAGAUGAAAUAAAGAGAAGGGUUCAAUUACUGGAAACUGAAAAUAUUGAAGAUUUGUAUAAUGAAAUAUUGUUCAAAACUUCCAAUGCGAUUGACAAUAUUGUUGAAUGGAAAAAACACAUUGUCCGAUCAAAAAAUCAACUACGUGCUAAAAAUCAUGUCAUUUCUUCGCUUGAUGGAUCUAAAGCAAUUGUCAUGUUAGAUUGGGCAAUGAAAUUUCUGCCUCAAAAAUUCAGAGAGGGACAAACAGACUGGUUUGGUAAACGUGGGGUAAAUUGGCACAUUGCUGUAUGCUUAAUUAAUGGUGAAAGUGGUCUUCAAGCAAUGACAGAUGUUCAUCUGUUCCCAAGUCCAGUUGCCCAGGAUGCCUUUACAACAGCAUCAAUUUUGUGUGAUAUUGUUUCUGAUUUAUCAACUCUCAAGCCAGAAAUCAAAGAUGUUAGCUUUUGGUCAGACAAUGCUGGGUGUUAUAAAAGCACACUCACACUGGCAAUGAUAUAUGCCAAUCUGGGACCUAUUUUAUCAUCCUAUAAUUUCUCAGAAGCCCAGGAUGGAAAAGGGGCCUGUGACAGGAAAGCAUCUCAUAUCAAGGCUGAGAUUAAAAGAUAUGUAAAUGAAGGACACAAUGUUUUGGAUGCAAAUGAAAUGAAAAAGGCAAUAGAUUCAAGAAACAACAAAAAUUACAAAUGUAAAAUUGUGGAAAUUGAUGGACGUGUCCUGAAACCAUCAGUGAAGGCAAUUCCUUCCAUUUCAUCAUUUAGUGAUUUUAAUUAUUCUCAACAUGGUUUGACAGUUUUGAAAGCAUAUGGGAUUGGAAAUGGUAAGCUGAUCAAAUGGGAUCAAAUCUAUGACUGUACCAAGAAAAUGUCAGUGUGUCUUAAAGUUGUUGAUUUCUCCGAAAACAUAACUUUUACUGAUAUCAAGGUAAAAUAUUCUGAAGCCAGACAGGGCUUAAGGGAAAGUAACAAUGAGGAAGGGCAUUGUAGUGAGGAGGAAGAUGGUAAUCAAGAUAUGGAUGCAGUUGGUGAUGAAGAAAACAGUUUGAAUGAGGGAGGAAUGCUGUGUUGCCCUGUUGAUGGGUGUGUCAAAAGUUUUAUUAAACAUAAGAAUUUGGAAGACCAUCUUUUGAUUGGGAACUGCAAAUUUAAAUUGAAAAAUGAACCUACUCUUGACAUGACAAAAAAUAUGUACUUGACAAAAGUCACCAGUAAAGUUGAGAAAACAUAUUCUUUGUCAUCUGAUACAGUUGUUGUUCAAGAAAAUAUUACAGAAGGUUGGGCUUUAAAGACAAGAAAACCGCCAACUUUAUUUAGUAAAGAGCAAAAGCUGUAUUUGGAUGAAAAGUUUAAGAUAGGAGAAACAACGGGAAAGAAAGAGGAUCCUAUAACUGUAUCACAAGAAAUGAGAACUACUAAAGUGAAGGGCAAAAGAAGAUUCAAAAUGAGUGAAUUUCUUACAUCACAGCAAAUAGGGAGUUAUUUUUCAAGAGUUUCCAGGAAGAAAGUUGAGGAUAACAUGCCUGCCACCAUAGAAGAACAUUUGUCUAGUGUUAGAGAAGAGAUUUUGACAAAACUUAAUGAUUAGUUAUUUAAGUUGGAAUCUGUUGUACCAUAUGGAUCACUGUUGAUAUAUAGAUUAACUAUUGUCUCAAAAUGUAAACUUUAUUUGAAUACAGUUUUAAAACAUGCUGAAUGCAUGGCUUUUCCUAAUAUUGGUCACUAUUUCUAGCCUAUCCUGUAUUGAACAAGUUUGAAUUGAGACUAGUCCAAAAAAAAAAUGUUUGUUUCCCCACCCAACCAAAAUCAGAAAUAAGCCCCCAGGUAAAAAACAUAUUUUCCACAAAAAAAUAUAAAUUAUUUUCAUAACAAAAGUAAUACAUUUCCAUUUUUAAAAAGGGCUUGAAAGCAAAAGGAUUGAUAAUCUAAAUAAAUAUACUCAAAUUGAGCACAAACAACUGAUAUGUGGCCCAGACUGGACAAGUAAAACUUUCAUGUGACCAUGCUAUGACAUCCAGUUAAAAAAAAUAACUUGCCUUGCUGGACUGUUUACAAAGAGUUGACCUGGGGGAGGGGAAACAAACAUUCUUUUAAAUGUGACCCUAGUACAAAAAAAUGAUAUGUGUAUUUUUUUUAAUACUGUAAUAUAAGACCUACAACAUACAAUAUUUUGUGUAAAUAAAAUCAACUUUGAUAUUGAAGUGCACAAAAUCAGGCUACCUUGUAUUCUUUAUAGAUAAAUCAUUUAUAAAUGUUAGGUGUUUUUGUAGUAUGGAUUACAGUUUAAGAAACAUUCUUAAAGUUUUAAGUUUAGAAGAUUUCUGUUGUUAAGGAGUUACUUUUGUCUCAAUAAAAUAAUUUUCAAAUUUGAAUUCAAAGAUGGGGGAAAUAUACAUGUUUGGUGUAUCAACGCAUGUAUAUUAUCUUGGUUUGGGUUUUCUGACCUUGGCCUCAUUUUCUUGAAUCAUGUACACGCACACAUAGUCUAUGACUUAAUUAAACACUGCAUGUAUGGAAAAGAAGAAUUGAAGAAUAAACUUCAAUGAGUAGUGUAUUUGAAAUUUGAUUAAGUCCAUAGUCAAUAGAAUAUCAUCAAAUUAGGAGGAAAUCUUAGAGUAAAUUUUAAUAGCAAUACAUCAGGAGAAGUAGUCAGGGUAAUAAAGUUAUACAAGUAUUAUACCAUUAGAUCAGAAACAUCAGUACUAUGAAGUUAUAUUUGAGGAAUUGCUGAUAUAUGCGUAAAAAAAUUGUUAUUAGAUAGUAACUUCAUAUUUUUGGUAAAAAAAAAAAGGGGGGGGUGGUAUACCGUUUUUUACAACAUAUACCUCAAUAAUGUGAUAAUGCCCCAAAAGUUUUUAUUCAUAGAUGUAUUGACCAAAGUAAGCUCUUAAUAACCUUCAAGUCAUGUAUGGUCUACAUUUCUGCAAACAAAAGUUUUGAGGGUCCAAACUUGAUCAAUUUUGGCUAAAUUUGACAUAAUCUUUAAGACCAUAUUUUGCGCCAUGCAUAUUCAAAUAUGAUAUCACAUAUU